CCAGAGAAUGCAUUCAAUCAAAUGAACCGAUCUUGUAGAAACACUGGAAUCAUUUAUGCAUUGCAGUUUCUCUUUCUUGUUUUCGCUCCUUCUUCCCUGGGAUAUUUUGAGUGGAUUGUGGCUCUUAAUCAAGAUCUCGUGCUAUUCGUGUUUUGCUUGUCGUUUUCGCUCAGGAUUAGCAUCAUUCAAGGCAAACGCAAAGCUGCUUUUCCCACCCCCCCACUCUUUUUUGAAAAAUCAUUUUUGGGGGCUGCUGAAGAGAGCUAGGACCCAGGAGACACCUUCCCAAACAGCAGGGGUUGUGUGCUUUCACAUAGCAGUACUGUACAAGGAAAACCCCGUCGGAUCUGUUAUUGCGGGAUACUUGUGAAAUAUACAUAGGAUUCUUUCUUAUGGCUGCAUCCCGGAUCUGGAAAUUUUACUUGGGGACCAGGAGGAUUUGAAAGGCUACAUGUAUUCAGAAGAUUUGCAAGCAACACUCCAAUUCUUGUCAUAGAGCUCACAGACUUCUCACUUAUCGGCUUUUUUCCUUCCUUAUUUUUUAAGAAUUAUUCUUAUUUUCCCCCUCUUUUUCUGCUCUCUCCUCUCUCAGUCUCUCCUUUUCUAUCUGCCUCUUCAUUUUUCUCCUAGUCUGUUUUUUUUUUCCCUGCUCUGCACCUGGAUUGUAUCUUCGGCAAACAAUCGGGCACUUUGAGAACUAACUGGAGACAGUCUUGUAGGGAAGAUCUGUAUGGAAUUAUCUGCUUUUAUGGUGAACUUGGCAUUUGUGAAUGGGAAUCUUGUUCACAAUAUUAAUUGCUAGCAAAAACAAGAAAAAGAACACAGGAGUAAAACGUGGAUUUUUCUGAAUACGCAUUGUGAUGACCAGCAAUUACCUUACCGACUAAUAUCCAGAGGAGAAUAAUUUGGAAGACUGUUGUGGGAAACAGCCUUUAAGAGCUGGAAGAUGAAAGCUCCGAUUCCACACUUGAUUCUCUUAUACGCUACUUUUACUCAGAGUUUGAAGGUUGUGACCAAAAGAGGCUCCGCUGAUGGAUGCACUGAUUGGUCUAUCGAUAUCAAGAAAUAUCAAGUUUUGGUGGGAGAGCCUGUUCGAAUCAAAUGUGCACUCUUUUAUGGUUAUAUCAGAACAAAUUACUCCCUUGCCCAAAGUGCUGGACUCAGUUUGAUGUGGUACAAAAGUUCUGGUCCUGGAGACUUUGAAGAGCCAAUAGCCUUUGAUGGAAGUAGAAUGAGCAAAGAAGAAGACUCCAUUUGGUUCCGGCCAACAUUGCUACAGGACAGCGGUCUCUACGCCUGUGUCAUCAGAAACUCCACUUACUGUAUGAAAGUAUCCAUCUCGCUGACAGUGGGUGAAAAUGACACUGGGCUCUGUUAUAAUUCCAAGAUGAAGUAUUUUGAAAAAGCUGAACUUAGCAAAAGCAAGGAAAUUUCGUGCCGUGACAUAGAGGAUUUUCUACUGCCAACCAGAGAACCUGAAAUCCUUUGGUACAAGGAAUGCAGGACAAAAACAUGGAGGCCAAGUAUUGUAUUCAAAAGAGAUACUCUGCUUAUAAGAGAAGUCAGAGAAGAUGACAUUGGAAAUUAUACCUGUGAAUUAAAAUAUGGAGGCUUUGUUGUGAGAAGAACUACUGAAUUAACUGUUACAGCCCCUCUGACUGAUAAGCCACCCAAGCUUUUGUAUCCUAUGGAAAGUAAACUGACAAUUCAGGAGACCCAGCUGGGUGACUCUGCUAAUCUAACCUGCAGAGCUUUCUUUGGGUACAGCGGAGAUGUCAGUCCUUUAAUUUACUGGAUGAAAGGAGAAAAAUUUAUUGAAGAUCUGGAUGAAAAUCGAGUUUGGGAAAGUGACAUUAGAAUUCUUAAGGAGCAUCUCGGGGAACAGGAAGUUUCCAUCUCAUUAAUUGUGGACUCUGUGGAAGAAGGUGACUUGGGAAAUUACUCCUGUUAUGUUGAAAACGGGAAUGGACGUCGACACGCCAGUGUUCUCCUUCAUAAACGAGAGCUAAUGUACACAGUGGAACUUGCUGGAGGCCUUGGUGCUAUCCUCUUGCUGCUUGUAUGUUUGGUGACCAUCUACAAGUGUUACAAGAUAGAAAUCAUGCUCUUCUACAGGAAUCAUUUUGGAGCUGAAGAGCUGGAUGGAGACAAUAAAGAUUAUGAUGCAUACUUAUCAUACACCAAAGUGGAUCCUGACCAGUGGAAUCAAGAGACUGGGGAAGAAGAACGUUUUGCCCUUGAAAUCCUACCUGAUAUGCUUGAAAAGCAUUAUGGAUAUAAGUUGUUUAUACCAGACAGAGAUUUAAUCCCAACUGGAACAUACAUUGAAGAUGUGGCAAGAUGUGUAGAUCAAAGCAAGCGGCUGAUUAUUGUCAUGACCCCAAAUUACGUAGUUAGAAGGGGCUGGAGCAUCUUUGAGCUGGAAACCAGACUUCGAAAUAUGCUUGUGACUGGAGAAAUUAAAGUGAUUCUAAUUGAAUGCAGUGAACUGAGAGGAAUUAUGAACUACCAGGAGGUGGAGGCCCUGAAGCACACCAUCAAGCUCCUGACGGUCAUUAAAUGGCAUGGACCAAAAUGCAACAAGUUGAACUCCAAGUUCUGGAAACGUUUACAGUAUGAAAUGCCUUUUAAGAGGAUAGAACCCAUUACACAUGAGCAGGCUUUAGAUGUCAGUGAGCAAGGGCCUUUUGGGGAGCUGCAGACUGUCUCGGCCAUUUCUAUGGCCGCGGCCACCUCCACAGCUCUAGCCACUGCCCAUCCAGAUCUCCGUUCUACCUUUCACAAUACGUACCAUUCACAAAUGCGUCAGAAACACUACUACCGAAGCUAUGAGUACGACGUACCUCCUACCGGCACCCUGCCUCUUACCUCCAUAGGCAAUCAGCAUACCUACUGUAACAUCCCUAUGACACUCAUCAACGGGCAGCGGCCACAGACAAAAUCGAGCAGGGAGCAGAAUCCAGAUGAGGCCCACACAAACAGUGCCAUCCUGCCGCUGUUGCCAAGGGAGACCAGUAUAUCCAGUGUGAUUUGGUGACAGAAAAGCAAGGGACAUCCCAUCCCUGGGAGCUUGAGUGGAAUCUGCAGUCCAGUGCCUGGAACUAAAUCCUCGACUGCUGCUGUUAAAAAACAUGCAUUACAAUCUCUAGAACACGAGGAAAAACAGGGUCUUGUACAUAUGUUUUUUGGAAUUUCUUUGUAGCAUCAGUGUCCUCCUGUUUUACCAUGUCUUUUACCAUUACAUUUUUUGACUUUGUUUUAUAUGUCGUUGGAAUUUGUAAAUUUACAUUUUUUUUAAAGAAGAGACUGAUGUGUAGAUAGAAAACCCUUUUUUUGCUUCAUUAGUUUAGUUUUAGAAUGGGUUUUUAUUUUAUUUCCUUUUUUAAAAUUUUACUUUGCUUUUAACAUUUCCUUGGGGUGCUUGGACAAAUCUAUCCGAUGGGACAAGGAGCACCGGAUUCUUUCUCGGGUUCUGCCUAGGAUCAACUGGGCCACGUCGGCCUUCACAGAACAGUGCAACAAAUGCCAGCAUUGCCAUUCGGGGAAAAAAAAACAAAAAAAAAAGAUGAGAAGAACACUUGAUCAUAGGAGGGCCCCACCAGUCAGAGCCCUGAAUCUCUUCCUUGUCCCACCUCAUUCCCCACCUCUACCUUUCUAAUGGCGGCAUGAUGUGUAAACUCUGUGGAGGGGUGGGGGCGGGUCUAACUGUCUUAACAUUUAAGUCACUGCUCUUCAGAAUACACUCUAGACCCAAAGGUGUGCUAAUCACUUCACAGUGACCACUACAGAGUACUAAGAAGAGAAGAUCAAGGGCAUGAAAUUGGGGAAGAGUGUUAUUUCCGUUUUUUAAAUGAGUUGAUGUACCCUUAUAUAUAUAUAUACAUAUAUAUAAAUAUAAAUAUAUAUAAAAACAACAAAACAAAACAAAACAAAAAAAAAGAAAAAAAAACAAAAAAAAAACAACAACAAAAAAAAUCAAGCCCUAUAUUUGAUCACUUCCUGGAAAGGCAUGAAUGUGUUUGUGGCUGUUUUUGUUUAAUCUUCUACUUCCUCUUUUCCCUCUAUAAUUUCUCUGCAAAUGAGAUUCUGUGCAAAUGCCAGGCAAGUUAAUUCAAAAGAGUGAAUCAACGCAAGUCAAAAUGAAAUUUACACUGAAGGCUUCCAAACCAAAGGGAAGGACAGGAUGUGUCAUCAAAUAUGUUCUGUCACCUUGUAUUAUACAAAAUGUUAUUUCCUAAAGAGUCAGAGAAAAUCUGUGAAACUUAUUGUGCAGCCCCCUUGUAAUUAAAUGUUAACUCCCUCGUAUUUAAUUUUCAACACUACAUUAAGAAUUAAGUGGUUUCAGUUUGUGGGCAUAAGCAACACUUAUUAAUAUCAAGGUGUUUAAGAACUCAGGAGGUCAAACAUAUGAAUACCAACAGAGAUCAGUAUUUUCAAAAUAAACAUUAUUUAUACAAAAUAGUUUUUAAAUUAGAUCAGAAAGUAUUUAAAAUAAUUAAUUUUACUGUAUAAAGAAUUUGCUUUAUUUUAGCUAUGUAAUUCUAUCUUUCAGAAAACAGAAAGCUGAUGCUCCCAAGAAAUUCAUCCCUUACCAUUUAGCUUUAUGUUUGAAAUCAAUGACAUAAGCAGCUAAUUCAUAUUCAUGUGAAGGUUGAUGCAAAAUCAAUCACAAACGAAUCUGCAGAGGGCAGAGUUGUUAAAAGGAAAUAUUACCUAUGUAGCUUUUAGUUUUAAAAAAAAUCAAUGUGAUAAAAACACUGAUAAUAGAACUUACACAUUAAUUUAGUGAUUCAUUGUAGGAACUCCCAUCCCAGUCAUCAUCUGUGGGCCUGUGUAGUGACUAUCGUAUGUUUGGUUUAUUCCUACCACCAUUUAGUAAGAAAACAAUUCUAUACUUUUGGUCACAAUAGUAAGGUGGCCACACACACACACACACACACACACACACACACAAGUGUAAACUGCAAUAGGGUUCAUUGGGGAGGGUGAGAUUAAUUUGCAAAUAUAUGAAGAAGUGUAAGCAUUUGUAACAAUGAAAAGGUCUCGGUAUCUGUGUGACAAGGUAAAGGAGCCUUGGGAUGUGCAUUGAUUAUUAUUUGCUUAAAAAAUGUUUAUUUCCCUGACAAGUCGCCUGGGUCCUUCUCUACAAUCUGUUCUUUAUUCCCGUGCUCUCCCCUUGGAUCUGUGUCACAUUUUCAAACCAGAACUGAAGCUGCAAGGACACUUAAAACUUUAAGGUCAGCUUUGCACAUUGGGUUAUUUUCAGAAUCUGAGAAGGCCAUUGUUUACUUUGUACUAUGGACAGCUGUCAGGGACUGGUGGCAGUGUACCUCAUUGGACUGGAUUCCAAACUCCCCCAGUGCUCAGAAAACUGUAAACAUGGCAAUGGCCUGAUUUAUCUCUUUAUUUUUUAAUUUUUCUUUUCAGUGCACGAUGGAAGUGUGGAAUAAAUGUAGAGGAAGUAAUCAGACCACAGUCAUAUUUUAGGCAUCCAUAGGUGUUAAUUUAGCUGCAUUGGGAGUACAUUUUUUGUUCUAUUUUUAGUGUAGAUUUAAGCACUUUGAAUAGCAUGAUUCAGGGAUUGAUGGGUAAUAUUUGAUAUUCUCACAACUUAUGAAACUUCUUUUUUCUCUAAUGCUUUGUCAUAUUUAAAAAAUGAAAUAAAUGCAAAAGAAGCUAUCUAUGGCUUUAGAAACAUUCCUCCCAAGUAUUCCUCUAUCAGCUCCAUGUGAGAACAAAUGAAGGAAACUGUCAUGUGUUCACGUGCUCUAUGUUUAACAAAAGUUCUGUUAGAACUCACAAUAAAAAGAGAAAAAAUCGAUGUCCCCUAGUGCUUAGGUUUCAUCCUUCGCUUUUUUCAGUGGGGGCUGUGGGGGAUAAGAAUAUUCUAGUUGUAAAAACACAAUUGAAAGUGUGAAUAUGUUAGCCAAGCUGGGGGAGAGAAUGGACUUCCAGACUUGGACGUAUGUGAUGUUUGGUAUUGCCUGUUUUUCAUCAAUUGCCGCUUGAGCUCUGAACGACACAUUGUGGAUUCAAAAGAUCAUCUGGUUCUUUAGUGUAACCUCUACUUGCUGCUUAUGAGCAUCCUACCCCUUAUUCGGGUGCUCAAACUUUUGCUUAUUUAAUUUGUACUGCAUUCCUUAGGUAUCCUGUGGGCAGAGAAGACAUUUGUAUCUCAUGUAGACAGCUGAUUUAAGUUUAGAUCAAUUCUAUGAAACAAAUCUGAGACAUGAGUUAAGAGACCUCAAUCUACUAUAUUUCUAUAGCUAAACACUCGAUUGCUCAAACAGUAAACCACUUUGUGAUUAUUACUUUCUUCAUAGUAUAUGUAUUUGGACCCUAUCAACUUAAUCUUAAAAUAUAGAUGCUGGAUUCUUCCAUAUUUCAUUACUAUCUAGCAUUUUAUAACAAGAACAAAUAUUAACUGAGAGCCAACCCCUAAACUCUAAGUCUUGUUUAUCCUAGAAUAGUCAUUAACUUUUCAGAUAUCAUUUAUAUAAAUUAAGAUCACCAUUUCUAGGAAAACAUUGAUUCAUACAUUUUGGAUUCUGGAAUGAGGCCCUAGUUCUCUUUUUUGUAAGGAGUAUUUUUUUAAUCUUGUGAUUAAUUUCUUUAUUAGGUUAAGUUUGCAACAUUAGUCCCAGAAAAAAGCAUAUUGAAAUUCAAAGGAUAGCAUCAGCAUUAUACAAAUGAAAUGACUGACUGGAAGUAAGAGAAUACACAGACAUGGAAGAGGAAAAUCCCUUCCUGUCUCUGAUCUGAACUUGCUUGGUCAUUAAUCUCAUUAUUGACAUAGCUGAUUAAUAGAGGUGAAAUACUAUUAAAUAGGUUAGAAAUCCCAUCUACAGACAGACACACAUUCCCUAUUGCUGAGGAACUUUUCUAACAGUAUAUACAGUUAUUACCAAAAGAUGGUGAUGCAACUAGAAUCCCUAAAAGGAGAAGCUUAUCAAUGGAAACAGACGCUAUUCCUUGCCUUAUCAUGAAUCCUUUACACUUCUUUAUUGUUCUGAACAAAGAAGGUAACCAAUAAAGUUUGAUUAUCCUUAAUAGUAGAUCCUAAUCUUGGGUUCAAGGAUACCUUGCGUCUAUAAAAAGGAAUAAAAUAACAAAGCCCUUGAAAUUCCAGACAAAAUUGUUAAUGUGCCUAAAAUGGUGUUUGUCUGGGUGUGAGUCUCAAGACAUCUAUCACCUAAAAAGCUACUGAUGUUUGGAUUUAGAAGAUAUUCUCAGAAACUGAUACUCAGAUAAACCCACAUAUCUUGCAGGCAGUGUUUUGUCUACCACUCUCUACCUUCAUUCAUAAAAACUCAGGAGAUAAUUAUUGUUCUACUAGAGACAAGUCUCCUUCCAAAAUAGCCUGACUUUGUGGGAGACCUAGCAUACUAUAAACAAAAAUUUUGUAUGAUGACAAAUAAUUCAUGCUCAGAUAAAAAGUAAUUGGCUAUCAUUGUUGUGAUAAUCUUACUCAUGUCUUUACUCAUUCUAAAAAUAGUUUGGGGUGAAUGUGAAAUUAUGUAAUUUGGCAAUGAUGCCUUAUUUCAGUAAAUUUAUUUAUGAUUUAUGUUUAUUUUUCCUACAACAUAACUAAGAAUUCAUCCAGUACAGGAAAAGAAGAAACAAACAUUUGACAUGUUUUCUAAAAAAAAAAAAAAAAAAAAAAAAAAAAAAAAAAAAAAAAAAAUCCCACCAAGUUUUUUUUUAGGCAAAGAUUUAGAAGUGGCUAUAUAUUUGAUUUUCAGCAAUUAUUAUUUUGCUAGUUUCAUAACUUAUGAUAUGACUUUGGAGGAAUAUGAAGAAUUUUGAGAAUAAACUAAAGUUAGGUAGUGGUUAUUUAAAGUUUUACACUUACUUGCAAUUGGUAGCAAGGUGAAAGGUUAUUCUCUGUUAAUAAAUUGAGAUACUGUCACAAGGAGCUGUAAGAUCUAACUAAAUUUGAAUAAAGCAAGAGAAGGACGAUAUGAUGAUGAGUUAAUCCUAAUCCUAAAUGAAUGUGCCUUGUCAUCAUCAAAUUUCCAUCACAUCCAUAGAAAAUGGAUGUAAUUUUGGAUGUAAAAAAAUUGGAGCUCAAUUCCAAUCUUCUAUCAAGUAUCAUUUCUUCCUUCUAGGCUCAGAAUGUAAAACAUGUCUUUGUGUGUGUGUGUGUGUGUGUGUGUGUGUGUGCGCGUAUUUCUCUUGCUCAUUUGAAAAUUUUUCUCUAAAUAGCCUCUGGGUCCACUGACAAACUCAUGUUUCUGAAUUCUUCGUUAAAGUAAGUAAAGUACUAUUGUUUUUUCUACCAUUCACUAUCUUCAUUGAUGCAUUCCCCAUGGUCCAUAAGUCUUUAGCAUAUUCUCUUUUUAACAAGGGCAAUCACUCUUAAAAAAUCAUUACACUAUGUUCUCUCCACUACUAAAUGAAUAGAAUCGGAAAAACUGCACAAGAACUUGAGAGUAUUACAUGUAAUAUUGAUGUGUAAAUUUUAACCUUCAUAAUCCAGAUAACAUUAAGUUUCAAAGGGCAUGCUGUGUCAUUAAAAAAAGAUUUAAUGUGAAAUGACAUUAUUACAUAGUGCAUGAAAAUGUGGCAAAGUAAUUUGGAUCUAUCUUUACUAGUCAAUGAGAGAUUAAAUUUGGGGAGAUCAGAUGUGACCGUUUAGGUUAAUUCUCAACUGGGAUGAAGACAUCUUAAUGUUAGGAUACAUGGGUGGUUGUCCAUAUUCCUUGCAGUAUAUGCUCCUCUUAACUAGAAUCCUUAGUGUAUUCUUUCCACCAAAGUAGUGGAGGUAUGUUCACAUAAUUUGCUAUUGAACUGCAAAAACUUUUACAGUUUCAGAGUUUGAGGGAACCCAAACAGGAAAAUUGAUGUAGUCAUUUUCCUCUGCUGGUGUUCAAGUCAUAUUUAAAACUCAGACACUCUCAGAUCUGUUCAACAGUCAGUAAAAAGUGCAUUUUUACAUAGUGUUUCCCUUUAGUUUUGCCUACCCUCUUGAUUUUGUACAAUCUAGAAUGUAUGUAACUCACGCGUAGGUGAUGGAGGCGCUCCUUUUUUUCUUAGAAUACUUACAAUUAUAUAUUUGGUUUUGCUUUGACUAGCAAUAGGAAAAUAGACAAAUACAAGUGUAAAAAUGAGAAAUUUUAAACUCAAAUUAUAAUUUGUGUUUUAUAGUCGUUUCAUAAGUCUGUUGCUCUCUAUGAGUAUGCUCUCUAUAUAUCCUGUAAAAAUAAAUUUAUAUGUUACAUAGAAAUUCAAGAAAUUAAAUUAUUUAUUAAGCUACAAAUGUUUCUUCUGGUUUCUACCUGAUCAUAGAUGAAAAUAAAUUAAAUAAUGUGUUGUUGGAACAUAUGUAAGUACGUUUGUUAAUUUGAUAACUCUUGUUAAACUUUUCCUUCCCUCUUUUUAUGUCUGUAUAAACUUAUAAUUCUUAGGCCUAAUUCCUAUUGUGAUGGUGAAGAAAGAGACUUAAGAAUGCCCAGUUGGCUGGAAAAAAAGAAAAACCUUCUUUAAAAAUCAAGCCCAUUUACAAUCCCUUUUUUUUCUUCACUACUGGAUUAAGGAGAGGUUUGAAUCAGUAACUCAGUAACUUAAAAGUCAUUAUCACAUUAAUGGUUUUCUCAAGGUUAAAUUCCACACUGUCCCUUUAUUUUAUAAAAUUAUUUGAGAAACAGAAAUGAAAGGAAUGAUAACAUGUGAGUCCUUCUUUGCUAUUUCCUUUCCUUACUUCUUGCUCCCCAGGUAUUUUAUUCCUUUCUUUUUAAGGUACUACUCACAUAAUGACCUUAAAAUAAAGUCCCCUCAGGUAACAUUUUAAAGUGACCAAGAUCUUUAAUCAUCUUGUUUUUCUACUCUGUUUGCAUCUACUUGAAGUGCACAGUCAAUCCUAAAGGGAAAUGUUUUUGGCCUUACUUUUUAUUUUAAGAUAAAUAACCUUAUUAUUUAUUUUAUUUGGGAGGAGGAGAAUGGUGGUAAAUCUUUCCAUCAUAAGCGUAACAAGCGAACAACCAUAAGCCUCUUAGAAUGAAUGAGCUGUUUAAGCAGAAUGCAUAUCUUAAAGAAACAGCCUUUUAAAAAACACUUAUCAAAGAUGAAGCAGACAUAAAUCAUUAUGAAAAUUUAAAGUAAUAGUUACAAAAGGCCCCGUAAGGUUAUUUUAGAUUGGAUUUCAAAGUAAUUAGCAUAUUUAAACUUUCUUAAAGCCAUUUCUACCUCAGUAGGAUUUUUAAAUGUGAGAAAAUAAACUCUAUUGAAAAAAUAAAAUGUUAUAAGGAUCAUGAAUCAGUAUAUAAUUUGCAUAGUAUAUUUUAAAUUGUGAAUCAUAUUAUAGCAUAUGACCCAUUAUUCAAAAUAUCAGGAGAGACUUCUAUAGUUGAAGAAAGUUUGGGAUUGUUUGUGCACUUCAGACACACACAUAAAUUCUCAGGAAUUUUAAUUACAUUCAUACUAUUGACAAGUGGUUAAAAAACUGAUAUGGGCUGGGCGCGGUGGCUCCUGCCUGUAAUCCCAGCACUUGGGGAGACUGAGGCUGGCUGAGGCCAGGAGCAUGGCCUCAAAGACUUUGAGACAAGAAUGAGGUGGAUGUAUUUGAGGAAGAAAAGGAAGGCCAUUGGCUGGGCAUGGUGGCUCACGCCUGUAAUCCCAGCACUUUGGGAGGCCGAGGUGGGUGGAUCAUGAGGUCAGGAGUUCAAGGCCAGCCUGGCCAACAUGGUGAAACCCCAUCUCUACUAAAAAUACAAAAAUUAGCCGGGCGUGGUGGUGCAUGCCUGUAAUCCCAGCUAUUCAGGAGGCUGAGGCAGGAGAAUCACUUGAACUGUUAGGGAGGUGGAGGUUUCAGUGAGCUGGUAUCAUGCCACUGCACUCCAGCCUAGGCGACAGAGUGAGACUCCUUCUCAAAAAAAAAAACAAAAAAACAAAACAAAAAAAACCAAAAAGAAAAAGAAAACUGAUAUUAAUGAGGUAUCUUAUCUUCAGAAGAUUCCUAAUUAAUAUCAGCUCUAUAUGGGCAAAAUAGAAACAGAGAAUGAGAAAAAAAAUAAGAAAAUCAUAAUAGUGGUGACCCAAUCAUUUAUUGCUGUGGGAUUUUCAGCAUUUAUAUAUGGCCUGUAAGAGUAAUUAAAACAAAUUCCUUAAGAUUGCAUUUUCUGUCAAGGUUUAAUGCCUGGUAUCACCGUUCUAAGGCAAUGUAGGUACUGCAGAAUCCAGAUGUGUAUCUGGGGAAGGGUUUAGUAAGAUUCUGAAGGAUAGAGAACAUCUCAAUUUGACCAAUAAUUUAGCUAUUUGACUAAAUUAGAUACUUUUAUCCUCAGUGAUAUGUCAGUUGGGUUUUGAUGGUACACAGACGGAGAUUAUUAUUUGAGUAGCUCUGUAUUUGAUUUAAAAAUCGCCAGUAUUUUUAAGAAACUUAAGUAGUACAUUAAACUCAAGAUUUUAUGGAUACUGUUAAUAGUUUUGCUUACAUAGUAGAAUAAUAUAUACACCAUUAUUUAAGUUAAAACAUAGGUAAAUAAUAUUCUAGGAAAGGUGACAUAUGGCAAAAGUCAUCAAGACUGUGAAUGACUGGUUUAUGGAAAAAUUGAGGCCAAUUUUCUAACCUCUUGAAUAAAUAAAUAUACAAACAAACAAUUACUAAUAAAAGGUGAAACAUCUGAAAAAACAGAAAAGAAAAGCACACAAAAGCCAGCAUAAAUGACAGCACUAUAAGUUUAUGAAAAUCAAUAACUGGUUUAAAUUAAGCAAAGAAAUAUCCUACUUCUAUAGUUCUUGGCAAUAAAGAACAAUAUUGUUCUUUAUAAAUUUAGUUAAGAAAGCUGAAUCCAGCUUUGCCAUGGAAUAUGUGAUUUCUAAAAAGUAAUUGUGCUGCCAUUUAGCAAAAAGCAAAAAUAAAAAAAUAAAAAAUAAAAAGGAACAAUAUUGUUCUUGGCAAUAAAGAGCAAGUAUGAACUUGAAAAGAAAACUGGGCUCAGAAUGCAAAUCAUUUCUUAGGUGAUCUCAGGCUGAACUAAGAUCCAUUGCUCAGUAUACUUUUCCUAAAUGAAAUUGUAUUACUAAAUAUUAUAAUGUAUGGAUAGAGAUAAUAACUUUGGCAUGCUUGAUACUGUGACAUAAAGAUUUGGUGAGGGGUGAAAUAGUUCAUAGCAUCCUUCCAAGGGAUCUAUUAACAAUAAUUUGAAGUCCUAGAUUCACUUAGAAUCACCUGGGAAGGUUUAAAAAGUCCCAGAAUCCCAAAUAUUCAGACAUAACCAAGCAGUCUUGUGUUUGUACCUAAUGUUAGCAUUUUUUAAGUAAGCUUUUCAUAUGAUUCCACAGAACAACCAGAGUUGAAAACUAUCCAAUGAUGCAGGUCUCAAAUUUUAGGCACCAGAAGAAGUGCCUGGAAAGCUUGUUAAAAGUGCGCAUUCAGAUUGAGCCUCAAUGGGACUGAAGUGGGGCACAAAAUAUAUUUACUUAACAAGCUUUCUAGGUGAUUCUAAUGUGGAGGCCCACAGACCACUCUGAAAAACACAGGUGCAGGAUUCGUUGCUUCUGUAAUUAAAAAUGCUGCCACUCUGUGGAAUGCAAAAUUGAAGAUUCCAGCAGAUAAAUAUCACCAGAAACUAGGUCUUCCUUUUUAAAUAAUUCCUCCCAAACUGCUAAUCAGAACUCAUGAUGAAGUCUUGAUUUAAAAAACCUGAACUAUAGAAAAUUACACUUUGAGAAUUCCUCAUGAAGAGGAAAAUAAAAAAUUAGUUAAGAAAGCUGAGUUCAGCUUUGCCAUGGAAUAUGUGGCUUCAAAAAAAGUAAUUGUAUCAUUUAGCAAAAAAAAAAAAAAAAAAGUAAUACAUCUCCCUUCUGAGAGAAUACAAGUCUACUAUAGCUUCUAUUUCUAUUUUUUAAAAACAGCCAAAUUUAACAGGAAUGCCAAGGACAUUUGUUGUGAAAAUAAAUAUACAAAUAUUAAAUUAGUUGGACUUAAUUAACAAUUAUUUUUACUCAAGUUAACAAUCAAUUCAUCAAAAGAUUAACGCUAAUGAAGAGUUUUCAAAUGUUGCUUAGCAUAAGAAUCACUUACAGCAUUUGUUAAAAGCUUAAAUGAGUUCCUGGCUCACGUUCCAAAACAAUUCAACUCCAGGAAAUUUUUACAAUCAUGUAAUUUGGGGAGCAUUAUUCUAGUAAAUGUCAUAAACUACAAGGCUAUCUUCUAACAGUGCCAAUAAAUUUAGUUAAUUCUACAUGAGAUGAUCAUUUAAACGCAUUAUCUUGCAUUUUUUCAGCAAAAUGACAACCUACACAACGAUGACAAACCAAUUGGUUCUUUAUUUUACCCUUCAAUCGCUUACUCUGACGAUACAGUUCCAGCCACAUAUGUUUAUUUUACCGGGCUAAUUUUGAUCUCUAGACUCCUUGUUUUGCCUGAAAUGACUACCAGAGUUGAAGUUGUUAGCUUGUGUUUCUUAAGGAGAAUGUAUUACUUGAUGUAAGAUUCUUAUGAACCAAUCAUGUCACUGAUUCUAAGUACUAAUACAUAUUUCAAGGACAUGAUUGUUGUUGAGAGCAAAAUAUUCUUAUACAUCCUUCACAGAGUAGCCACAUCAAAGAGUUUCUGGAGGGUUGGCUUUAAGUUUCUAAAGAUCCCACUCAUAACCUAGUGACUUCCACAGUCCCUGUAGGCCUUCUUACCAUCUGGGGCUUUAUAACACUAGAACAUUCAAAAAAUAAUAUUCAACAGUAAAUUUUAUUGGGUGAAACAUAGCCUUUGAUAUUUCUACACUAAACUGAAAAAGACAAUAUGCCAAUUUAGCUUGAUUUAUUUUCAGAAUGUAUUCUGGACAACAACAGUUCAGAAUCAUCAACUGUGACAACGAGAAGCAUUUAAUGUGCUAAAUUGGUGUACAUGUGUGCAUACAUGUGUAAUGUGUAUGUACUGUGAAAUGAAAAAUGCACAUUAUCAAUAUAUUUAAAUAAGCCUAAUCAGUAUAUGUGCUACAUUAAAUAAACAGCUAUGAGUUGCCAAGGCAAUGUACUCCAUCAGGAAAUUACCCAGUGAAUCCUUUUUGCAUAGGCUAAAAAUAAAUACCCAGGUUUCUGUUCAACUAACUUUUCUUUAAGGACAUACAUUUUAUCUUAAAGAAAAGAGUCAGCUCAUUCUUACUUCUCCCAUAAAAAUUCUAUGAUUGUCUCUAUUUUCCACUUUUUCCAUUACAUGGUAGCCCUGAAUAAUUUAUUUAUAAAGAAUUGAGGAGGUAUUGCACUCAGCAACUAUCAUACGAAAAGCCUGUGAAAGCACCAAAGCUAUUACCAUGGAUUUCCUAUCUUUUGGACAAUUUUAUUUUUCCAGGGCUGUGAAAUGACAUUUUUUUUUCAGAUUCCAUUUAAAUUACGUCCUCAGCAAAUACCAUGUCCUCAGCAAAGCCUAACUUUAGAAAUACAGCUACUGAUAAGAUUUAUUUUUAGUUUCCUCUUUACAGAAUCUGUGCCAUCACUGACAUGAAAUAGAAACACAAUAGAAUUAAGUAAAUGUACAACUGGUGAUCUUAGGAGUACUGCACCUUAAGUAUUCUGCACCAUGAGGUGACCUUGUAUUCAUAGUCAUCUUCAAAAUGGGCAUCUGAAUGACUGUGUAUCUUUAUGAGAAAACUGGACAUGGUUGAGAAAUCACAGGAAGGAGAUAGCAGAGAUUUCUACUGGCGUAGUGCUGGAGAAGUGUAAUUUUGUGUUGAUAGCUCUAAAGAUUUUAACUUCGGCUUAUAGAUAAGACUAUAUAGCUGACUGUAGCAAGUAUAACAUACUUAGCAUUUGUACUUUCAUGUUUAAGAGGGAAGGAGAUCAGUCACUAAAUAUGAAUGCUGCAUAUGUUAGCAAUAGAGAUAGUGAUUUUGUAACUUUAAUUGCACUUGCCUUAAAUCUUUUUCCAAAAAGAAAUUAUAUAUAUAAACAAAUAAGAUGAGGAUGGUUAAAGAACAUUGUUUAGAAAUAGGCAAGUUCUGCGCUGAUUAUCCUUUUUUACGUAAUUUGAUGCAUAAUGGCAGAGUAUAUUUGCCAGAUCCAUGUCAACAGUAUAUGAGCACAUAACAGCAGUUUGUAUAAGCACAGGUGUUCUAUGUUUAGAUUAAAAAUUAACCAUGAUAACUUUUGGUGUGACUGCUUUCAAUUUCAAAAAGUUGGAUGUUUAAAGAUAAAUUUAUUACUUGCAUAAGAAUAUUUUUGUAUAAUAUUGGGAAAGGUUUAAAAAAUGGACUUGCUUUAUGGAGUGCAACUUUCAGAGAAAAUAAACAGGGUAUGUGUCCAGUUUGUAAAAUGUUUUCUUUCAAGAUUACGCUUUCUCUGGUUAAAUGCAAGGAUGUGAUGACUUGAAAUACAUUUCUGUGUGAAUUGAACAAUACCACCAACAAUAACAAAAAAUAAAGCAAUGUGAAUAAGUUG